AUGUCCGAUUAUCGACCCGACCUUCAGAUACUUGCCUCAUUACCACCAACCCCGAUGUUCACUCAUUUUCGAGGGAUGAUCAAGGAUUUGUGGUUAUGUUGGGAGCUGAUGUUAUUUGCCGAACCAAUAGUUCUGAUCGCACCGGAUCCAAAGGUUUGCAGUGAGUCGGUACUCGAGUUGAUGGACAUCAUAAAUCCAAUACCUUAUUGCGGGGAUUAUCGACCAUACUUCACCAUUCAAGAUUCAGAUUUUAAAACCUUCGUGACGAAAAAUAGGCCACCGUCGAAUAUAAUAAUUGGAGUGACAAAUCCAUUCUUUUCAAAAGCAUUGCAACAUUGGCCAAACAUAAUUCGAGUUGGAGUUGGGAAAUUACGAACAAGAAAAACUUAUGAUAAUUCGUGGAGGGGUCUUCACGUCUCCUCGUCAGACGCUGUGCAGGGAGUUACAAGCAAACGUAAAUCUGUAAUUGCCAAGGAUAAGGCGAUACUUAAGAAAUUUGCGGAGGCAGCAGUUCGUGGCUAUCCACCAGACUACUUAUUAAAUAACAUGUUAAGGCGGUACUUUGUGGAUCUCACCGAAAAGUUCUUGGUUCCAUUGAACCGCUAUUUUUCAACUCUGAUUCCAUUUCACAUAACUCUUUCUUCGCACGAAUCCCCUCAGCUCAAACCAUUCAAAACAGAUAACUUUCUAAAAUCAUUGCAGGAACAUGAAGCACAAAAUGAGUUGAGAAGGCGGUAUUUGAAGGUGCUGUGCGAAGACGACGUGCAGAAAUGGAUCAUUGGGAAACAUGAGAUGGAGUUGGUUGACUUAUUGGUUAGAAUCAGAGAUGAAUUGAAACUAUCAGCUCAACCUGAUUCCGCAUCAUCACAGUCACUACCUCCGACAGCUGUUCGGGACAACAACGGCGAAUCACCAUCAACGCUGACAUCCAAACAACGGGAAAAGCUGAGAUUACAAGCAAACAUCAUAAUAUCAGGACUUCCGCGAGAUUUACGGGAAUCAUUUAUCGCAGACAUAUAG